AUGGCCCUCCCUCCCAACGUCCACAUCUCCGCCCACCCCUGCCUCCAGGCGAAGCUCUCCCUCCUGCGCUCCAAGUCCACCAGCACGCGCGAAACCCGCGGCCUCGUCCAUGAGAUUGCGACCAUCCUGGGCGUGGAAGCCUUUGCCGCUUCCCUGCAAACUGUCAAAGGAGGGACGGACACCACGCCGUUAGGCACCGAAUACGAAACCCAAGUCAUUGAGCCCGCAGACGUGGCUCUGGUGCCCAUUCUCCGCUCAGGACUGGGCAUGAUCGAGGCAAUCAACAACCUCCUCCCCGCCCCCGUUCCCAUCUACCACCUCGGACUGUUCCGCGAGAAGUUCUCGCUCCAGCCGGUGGAGUACUACAACAAUCUCCCCUUCCACCGACCGGGCGCGUCGUCGCCGAACGCCGUCAACACUGCCGCGGCCAACACGGCUAUCCUGCUGGAUCCCGUCAUCGCGACGGGCGCCACCGCCGAGGCCGCCAUCCAACUGCUGCACGACUGGGGCGUGCAGCGUGUGGUCAUGCUCAGCGUGCUGGGAUCGGACGCCGGGGUGCGGCGCGCCGCUGAGUGUUGGCCCGAGGGUGUGGAAGUGUGGGUGGGUAGCGUGGAUGCGCAGUGCGACGAGCGCGGCAUGAUCCGUCCCGGGCUGGGGGAUAUCGGGGAUCGGUUGUUUAUAGCGAUGGGGAAGUAA